UCGUGAUAUUGUAGAGUGUAGUGUAAUACAUAGUGCUGAAUUUCCAUUGAAUGUGGCAAACAGGAGUUGCAAAUUUGCGUUCUGCGUUGUGUAAAUCGAAUAUUUUUUGCAAAUCUGCGACCUUCAGCACAAGUUGAACGAAGCUUCGCAUUAGAAAUAGAUCUACGAACGACGGACGAGCAGAGCAGCUGAGCCGACACCGAGAAGGAAAGAAGCACAUUCAAUGUAAUGAAAUGACCUCAGUUACCUGAAUCUAGAAUUUACAAAAUCAAGCGCACUAUCUAGUUUACCCUAUCGCACAAGCCUCGAAACCUCGCACCGCAGAUGUAACAGCAAUGCAUCAGUUCAGAAAAUGCUCCCGCAGAAAUAUACUGAUAGUGCUGGCACUGAUCAUUACCUACGCAGUGGUAGUCUACGUGAUCAAUAAUCGGGAUUACGUGGACAAUCGUGAGAAAAUAAGUCUAAUCGAAGAGUCGAUCCAGUCGAUCGGCAAUCAAGGUGCUUGCAAGAUGCCAAAUCUUCCGGUCGAUUCACCGGAAAUGCUAAGUUUCUUGAAAGAUGAACUACCGAUCGAAUGCGGUAAUGUCAACGAUGACUGGGUGUCGUGUCACAAAUCGGUGUGCACCAUCAAGCCUGCAGUGGUGAAGCAGAUGGGUAAAAUCACCUGUGAUUUUUCUGAUAUACUUCGUACUGAUGACUACAAAUACCAUUACGGAACAGCCGUUCGAUCCUCCGAUAAAUAUAUACUGCGAAGCAGUGAUUUUGCCCGAGCCCAGUGUUGGACCGAAAGUCACGUUCGCUGGAAUGGAGUGGUGAUAGGUAUUCGUAAAGACCCAGCUCUAAACAUACGUCAAAGUUGGAGCAAACAAAAUACUCUCAACGUAUUAAUGAUGGGAUUCGAUUCGCUCAGCCGAAACGCGUUUAUUCGGAAGUUACCGAAAUCGUAUAAAUAUUUAACCAAGUAUUUGAAGGCAGAUGUUCUGAAAGGCCUGAAUAUCAUUGGUGACGGAACACCGCAAGCAUUAAUACCACUGCUAACGGGAUUCACCGAGCUCGAACUGCCCGAAACUCGGCGGCGCAUGCCGCAUUCAGAAUUUGUUAACGUGUAUCCAUUUCUUUGGAACGAGUACGAACGGUACGGUUACAUAACCGCAUUCAACGAAGACGUGCCGCACAUUGGAACAUUUUCCUAUCGAUUGAACGGAUUUCAAGCACAACCCACUGAUCAUUACCUACGUACUUACUACUUGGCCAUCGAAAAUCAGCUAACGUACUACAAAAGACUCUGCGUGGGAGCACAACCUCGCCAUAAAGUGAUGCUAGACUAUACCAAACAAUUUAUGCUAAGUUACCCCGCGAAUCCGCGGUUCGUGUUCAGCUUCCACGGAGAGCUGUCGCACGAUUCGAUCAACCUGAUCGGAGUGGCCGACACCGAUCUGACCAAUUGGCUGGUGGACCUGAAGCGGCUCGAUUUGCUCAACAAUACGGUGCUAAUCAUGAUGUCCGACCACGGGAAUCGCUUUGCUAGCGUACGGAACACUCUGCAGGGCAAACAGGAGGAACGGUUGCCGUUCUUCAGUUUCAGCUUUCCGGAAUGGUUCAAGCAGCAGUACCGCGAGCAGUAUCGCAAUUUCCGGACGAAUCUCAACCGACUGGUAACGCCGUUCGAUAUUCACGAGACGUUGCAGGAUAUUUUGAAUCUUCAAACGCUCAAAUCCAAGCAGCACCCGGCUCGCACCCGUGCCAUCUCGUUGUUUGAGGAAAUCCCUGCUGACCGAUCGUGUGCCGAUGCGUACAUUGAACCGCACUGGUGCGCCUGUCUCAAUUGGGAAACGAUCAACGAUACCUCGUCGGAACCGGCCUUCCGCUCGGCGAUGGCGGUUGUGGACUUCAUAAACAAAUACACCGAACAGCACCGCAGUAUUUGUGCCACCCUUAGCUUGGACGAAAUAAAGUGGGCCGCCAAGCUGACACCGCACCAGGGUCUGGUCAAGUACAAGCAGAAUAAAGACGCCGACGGAUUCAUCGGUGAUUUCAGCGGAAGUUCGAAGAUCGCGCACGAUAUGUAUCAGGUUAAGUUAACAACCAGGCCAGGUGGGGCGAUCUACGAGGGUAGCGUGUUGUACGACAUCGCCAAGAACCAGUACCGGGUGAAGCUGAGCGACAUAUCGCGUAUCAACAAAUACGGAUCGCAAGCCAACUGUAUAUAUGACAAGGACCCGGAAGUGAGAAAAUAUUGCUAUUGCAAGGAAUAAAAGCGAUAAAUGUUAGGAGGCUUUGGUACUAUAGUCUUAUAAGCGCAACUUUUCGAGUCAGUUUUAGUUUUUAAUGUCAGAAUUCCUUAUUAGUUUCAGUCGAAACCUGUGAAUCUCAAUGUGACUUUAAGCACAAAGGAUAUUUAUGUUAGGUUAUUAUGAUAAAAUCAACUUUAAGAAACCAAAACGAAAAAGAAGGUUUUUAUAUGUGUAUGUCAAUUAGACGAUUUGUACUAUCUACAACAAAUACCGAGAAGUGAUGUAGAGAUGACACCAACAGUGAGAGACGAUAAACAGAGAAGAAAGCCUAGUGAUACAUACCUUACUGUUGAACAGUCAAUACCAAAUAUGUACACAGCAAACCAAUCAUGUUACCGAUCGUUAACGUAAACCAAAUCCCUCUCAGUCGGUUAUUCGAUAAUGUUGAAUCGAACCCGUAGUUGUAACAUUGUAUUAGAACUCUCAGAUACAUCUGUUUCAAAACGGUUGUCACAAGAUAAUUACCUAAAUGUAUAAGAGUAAUACCAUGAUUUUUGUUUUCGUAAACUUAUAUGUUUCCAACACAUUGCAGAAUCUUGUAAUGGUUAACAAAAACGGUAAAUAUAGAUCUGAUGAAUCUUUGA